UGUAUAUUCACCACUGACUGCUAUAAAAAGCCAGUGUGUUUGUCUCGAAUGUAGGCAAGUGACCACAAAAAAGUCUGUGCAAAAUGAACAGGGUUAAAGUUCUGCAGGUUUGGCUGUGCUGUGUGUCGUUGUGGCCAUGCUGGCUUUCUCACGCCGUUCCUCUGGACUGCAAAGACGAGACGGGAUCACUCGCCCACUGUACUUCAAUCUCUCAAGAGAAACUUCUAGAUCGUGUUAUCCAACAUGCAGAGCUCAUCUACCGCGUCUCUGAAGAGUCAUGUACUCUUUUUGAGGAGAUGUUUGUCCCGUACCCUCUGCAUACUUUGAGGAAUCAGGGAGGAAACAUGUGCCACACCAAACCCUUCCCCAUCCCAGGCUCCAAGAGUGAGAUUCAGCAGAUAUCGGAUAAAUGGCUCCUUCACUCGGUUCUGAUGCUAGUACAGUCAUGGAUGGAACCCCUGAUGUAUCUGCAAACUACUCUUAAUCGUUACGAUGACGCCCCCGACGCUUUGCUCAACAAGACCAAGUGGGUGUCUGAUAAACUGCUCAGCCUGGAGCAGGGAGUGGUGGUUCUCAUCCGCAAGAUGCUAGAUGAAGGGAUUCUGACGUCCUCGUCCAUCUUCGAGCACGCGCUGAACCCAUACGAUGAACAGUCCCCAGAGAUGCUGGAGUCCGUCCUCAGGGACUACAACCUACUCAUCUGCUUCAAGAAGGACGCCCACAAGAUGGAGACCUUCCUCAAGCUACUCAAAUGCCGUCAGAGCAACAAGCUCAGCUGUCUUUCCUACUAAACCUGCAUCUUCUAUUAAAAGAAAACGCUUUAUUUUGAAGAAUCAAAAGUGUGUGUUGAAUUGGCAGUAGUAACCCUAGUUAGCAAACAUUAAAGGAGACCCCUUAGUGUGAAAAUGAGCUAGAAAUGGCUUUCUGGCUAUUUAGUGUAAAUUGAAGGGAACGGAAGAUGAUUCACACUGCUCUCACACACAACUGCACUAUUGAUUUCCUCCCUUCUCUUCCGAACUUGAGUUUGUACGCAAUACAGACUCUUGAUAGUCUUUCAAUGUCUCUCCAGGUCUCUGGUGUGUUUGCAGGCAUGUUUUUUUUUUCGUAUAAUGGAACUGGUUUCACCUUUGUAUUAGUUAGAUGAAUAAGCUCUUGAUACAGAAAUAUGCUAAUGAAGCCACAAAGCAGACUGUAAAUGUUUCCAGUGUGUGUGGUGUGGUGUGGGCUGAGGGAUUUGUUUGAGAAGAAUAAAAGCUUUACUUUAUGGAUGAACAUAGUGGAAAUUUACAUGAGAUAAAAAUAUAACUACUGGCCAGCCCAUAAGAGCACAGUGAUUGAAUAAUGUAAAGUGUAUAUGUAAAAAAAAUACACGCAACGUGACUUGUGUAUACGCGGAUUUUAUCUUACUUUAUCUUUGUCAAAUUAUACUUAUCUAUUUAAAUAAAAGAGGCAUAUAAUA